UUCCGACGCGUUGUAAAUGGCAGUUCUGUGUGGAACGAGGAGGGCUUUCAAUUUCCCACCGGGAAGUAUACGUUAGGAACGGAAGAAAAAAACGGAAAAAACCCAAAAACCGAGACACCGAGGAAGGAAAACCGAGAGACUCUUGGGGCCUGACUGCCACUCUGUGCGUGUGCUGCUUUUCUUCUUCACGGCUUAGCUCUCAACGUCGUGGUCGUCGUCGUUGUCGACGGCUGCAGCCGCUUUCCGAAACUUGUCGCCGUCGUCUACGCGGUGCUGUGGAUGUAGAUGUGUGAACCUGCUCCGGUCGGUUUGCAGGUGUGCGUUUGUGUGCGUUCGAACGGGGAUGACAAUUGCGGCGAAAAUUCGCCACUGUCACAAGCUAGCAAAAAUCAACAAAAGAUGAUUUAUUUGAGGUGUGUUUCAUUAAAAAUAGGCAUAUUUCUUGCUGAUUAGUCAAAAUACUCAUUUUUAAUAUUUCCGAUCGGUUAUAUGGGCUAAUAUGUUCGAUAAACAAUCAUCAAUCAAGCGCACAUGAAACCAUGUGCGUGACGUCAGAGGCGAAAUCAGCUGGCCCACGUGGUGAUCCAGCAUGACAGGCAACAGAAAGUUGGUUUAUAAAAUUCGAAAUGAAAUAUUUUUGGAUCACACAUUCCUCAAAAAUUCCAUUCGGUUUUUGUUCCUAGCUCCAGCAAAUAUAUAGUUUUUUAAUGGACUAAAUAAUCGAAUCAUUCCAAGCGCGCAGGCAUAUGUUUUCGCCUGUUUACAUCAUGACGCAACACAAACGUCAAUUGCAAGGAUCUCGAAAUUCACAACCACGGUGAACGAAUUGUUGAUAGUGCGAUAAAAGUACAUAAUUUAAUCUACCACAGAAUCUACCGAAAUGAUCGAGCAACAGAAGCAGCGCAUUGAGAUGGAGAUCACCAAACAGUUGGAUGAUCUUGAUCGAAAUGUUCUACGGAAAAUGCAAGCCGAUAUGCACGAUUGUGCGGCAAGAUGCUGCAAGGAUCAGGCUUCUUCGAUGGACACCGUACAGCAGUGCGUCGAACGCUGCUCCAUCCCUGCCCAGCGAGCCCAGCAGCAUGUGGAAACGGAGAUCAACUCCUUCAACAGCCGGCUGCAGCGUUGUGUAAUGGAUUGCAAUGAUACAAUCAAAGACAAGAUGGGGUCGAACCCGUCGGAAAACGAUAUAGCUAAAUACACAGCGGAGUUCGAACGAUGUGCCAUCAAAUGCGUCGACAAGCAUGUUGCCAUCUUGCCCAAUAUGUUCUCGAGCAUGCGGAAAGUUCUUCAAAGCAGAUCAUCAUCGUAAAGUUUGGUACAGGACCGUCGGGGGAAUCUAUAACUAUGCCAUCUGCAUAUGACUACGAUUGUGCAUUUAAAUGGUAAAGCAGAAUUGGUGUAGCUAAACUGAUGCUAGCAUUUGUACAGAGCUAGAAAGAGCAAAAAACGUAACGAUGUUAAAUACAUAAAGUGUUCAGACUGCGUA